AACUUCCUAAUCCUCUUAUACUCUCUCUCCUCUCUAUAUAAACCACGCUUCUUUGAACUCAAUAAUUACUUCUUCCUGAAAUUCCAAUACAUAAAAAAGUAUAACAAAAAAAGUUAAUUUUUUUUUAGUUUCUAUUGCGCCGAAUUUUCUUCUUAUUCAAAAGCGUCAGUUUUUUUCCCCAAUUUUGAUUUCUAGGGUUUAUAGGGGUUUUGAAUAUUUGAUUUGAAGUGAAGAUUGAAGAAUUUGGUCAUUCUGGCUAUGGAUUACGAGCCUUGUCCUUCUGAUAUCAGUGAUACUGAUGAAGAUCUUCCUCCACAUCAAUAUAGAGUUCAGAGAGCACCCCACAUCGCAGAAAACGGAAAUUCAAUGCUAGGUUCAGGACCUUAUCGCAGAGUGCAGGGAGAUAUGGAGCACCAAAUCCAUCAUCUUGAAAAGGAAGCCUAUUGUGGAGUUCUUCGAGCCUUCAAAGCACAAUCUGAUGCAAUUUCUUGGGAAAAAGAAAGCUUGAUAACGGAACUCCGGAAAGAGUUGAGAGUUUCAGAUGAUGAACACAGAGAUCUUCUCGUGAGGGUCAAUAAUGAUGAUAUCAUUCGCAGAAUAAGGGAAUGGAGACAGGCUGGAGGGCAUCAGACUCUGAGUACAUCGCAUCCUAUAAAUGAUGUAUCCAGCCCAACUCCUGUUUCCCGCAAGAAGCAGCGAACAACACAAUCUGUUCCCAUAGCACAACCUCCAGCUGCAUCUGUUGGACCGCGAGGCAGAAAACCCAAACAGUUCCCAUACAGUAAUUCUGCUGCACAUGAAACCUCUAUGCCUGGAGAAGGUGAAGAGUUGGUGGGAAUGAAAGUGUUGACCAGGUGGCCAGAUGACAACCAUUUUUAUGAGGCCAUGAUUACUCGAUACAAUGCAUCUGAUGGCCGACAUGAGUUAGUGUAUGGUACUCAAACACAAGAUGAAUCUUUUGAGUGGGUUAAUCUCAAGGAGAUACCUUUUGAGGAUAUCCAAUGGGUGAAUAAAGAUCCUGGACUAUCUCAUAGAGGGGGCCCUGGAGAAAAGAGAUCAAUGAACAACAUUGGUGCAGUUCCAGGUGCUGGAAGAAAGCAGAAUAGGAGUGAGAUUCAGAAUGGCACUGGAAAUAUGACAGAUGACAUUGAGAUUCUCCAUACUGAUACAUUGAUUAAGGAGGUUGAAAAGGUAGUUGCUGCAAGUAAUCCUGACCGCCUUGAAAUUGAGAAGGCGAAGAAAAUGCUGAAGGAACACGAGCAAGCACUUGUCAAUGCAAUCUCAAGGCUUACAUAUGUAUCAGAUGGUGACAGUGAACUGACUGAUAUGCAUUGACUUCAACCAGAUGGAGAUCAACAAUACUAGCGUAGCAAAUCAGAUACUUGAGUGCAUCUGGAGUUGGCAAUUAGCAAAAGCCUACAUAUUAGCAGUUGCUUAAGGUAGAAUGCAAGUUGCGCGCACAAUCGAGCUUUAUCUUUGAAUCUGAGGCACGUUCCACAAUUGACUUGCUGCUGGUCCUUGUGAUUGUUUUAGAACAGAUGAACUGGGAAAUUCUUUUUUAUAAUGAGCAAGUAGUGAUCAGUAAAUUGUACAAGUAGGUUCCAUGUGAAAAUAAAUAAUAUUUUGAUUUGUAUUUAUAGAUAGUAGGUAGUUUUGCAGGAUUAACAAUGUAAUUUUUGUUGAUUUCUAGAUUAUGCAUUUUAAGAACAAUGAGAGUGCAAUUA